CCACUCUCACUCUUUUGGAACCUCUGACCUCAACACCCAAGCUCCUCGUCACCAUCAACGGGAGUUUCCUGUCCGCCCGCCUCUCCGCAGCACCGAAACUCGCGAGGCAUACCUCAAUUGGGCGGACCAUGGUUGCCAGAGUGUUGUUGCAACGGCGCAUUGCGCCGUUGACAGCUUCCUUACUGGUGGGAGGUGUUGCCUUCUAUCCCCGGACUGCACACGCAGAGGCCCCCAACGACCGCCAAUUCUCCAGAAAACCCAUCUACGAUGACGACUUUGACGUCUUCCCCGUAGCCAAGCGACCUCUCCCAACGCCGACGACAAGCACAACAGCAACAUCCAUCACCACCACUACCAAUGACGCCAUCCCCUCUUCCACCCCUCCCUCCCCGUCAGAAGAACCGAUACCAACGCCAAUCCCUGCCGCCGAACCCACCACCACGGUAACCCACCACCACCCGCGCGCGCCGACGCCGACGGACCGUUUGGCCGGGCAGAUCCGCCGGGCGCGGCUGUACCUGUACUCGCAGGCCUGCACCGCCGAGGACGCGGUGAACGGGGCCAUGGGGCGGGCGUUCGCGCUGGAGCAGGCCUUCACGUCGACGGUGGCAUCGCUAGCCCCUCCGCGCGAGAGCGGCGAGAAGCUGAUGCCGGGCCUCGUCUACGUGCUGGUGGCGGGCAUGGCGGGGAGCAUCGUGGCGCGCAACCGCAACGUGCUGCUGCGCGGCGCCACCCCGCUCGCCCUGGGUCUCGGCGCCGCCUGGGUCGUGCUCCCCGUCACCAUGGGCAACGUCUCGGCGCUGCUGUGGGAGUACGAGCGCAGGUUCCCUGCUGUGGCUGACGCCCAUGUACGUACGCGUGAGGGUAUUGAUCAGGGUAUCUACUUUGCGAGGGUCCACGCCGAUUUGGCGCAGAGGAAGGUCCAUGAGGGUGUGAGGGAUGCCAGGGAGGCGAUUGAGGGGUGGGUGAGGAAGGGGAAAUGAAAAGAGGGUUGAAGCAUGUGUGGAAUGAGCGAGGCGAGCGGCAUUGUUCCUCUGCUUGUAUCAUAUUGUGAGAGCUUUGGUAGCUCGCGAUAGACUAAAAUUUUCUAUGUGAUGAAAGUCUCCAAGCUCUUCAGUCUGCG